AUGGCGGAUCCAAAGGUCUUAUCUACUCAGCAGAUUUCAGAACACAAAACGCCCGAGGACUGCUGGGUGGUUGUCAACAAUCAAGUCUGGGACGUGACAGAUUUCCUGGAAGAACACCCAGGAGGGUCAAAUAUUAUCUUGAAAUACGCAGGCAGCGAUGCGACGAAAGCCUACUCGGAGGUCCACGCCCCCAGCGUAAUGAAGAAUAACCUCGACGCAGAUAAGCUCAAGGGCGUUCUCGAUGAGUCUACAAUUGAUGCAGAAUGGGCCAAGCCGCCACCAGAGGAAAACCCACAAGUGAUGCUUGAGAAUGAAAAGGCACCUCUACAUACCCUUAUCAACUCGCACGACUUCGAGGUCGUAGCCUCCAAGACCGCCAGCAAGAAAACAUGGGCCUUCUACUCCAGCGCAGCUACGGAUCUAAUUACUCGAGAUGCCAACAAAUCAUGCUUUGACAGGAUAUGGUUCCGGCCGCGGGUCCUUAGAAACGUUCGCUCUGUCGAUACCCGAACAAAUAUACUGGGCGGAAGUUAUAGUCUCCCACUGUUCGUCAGUCCAGCGGCGAUGGCGAAGCUCAUCCAUCCGGACGGCGAGUGCGCCAUUGCCAGAGCUUGUGCGAGCAAAGGCAUAAUGCAAGGCAUUUCAAAUAACUCAUCAUACACGAUGGAAGAGCUGCGCACAGCAGCACCGACAGCCGAUUUCUUCUUCCAAUUAUACGUCAACCGGGACCGAGAAAAGUCCGCCGCGUUACUGCGCCAAUGUUCAGCGAACCCGAACAUCAAAGCGAUCUUCGUAACGGUAGACGCAGCGUGGCCCGGUAAGCGCGAAGCCGACGAGCGCGUCAAAGCCGACGAGAGUCUAUCCGUGCCCAUGUCGCCAUCGAAAGCUCAGAACGACAAGAAGGGCGGCGGGCUCGGCCGCGUCAUGGCAGGAUUCAUUGAUCCCGGGCUGACGUGGGAGGAUUUGAAAUGGGUGAAACAGCACACGCACAAGCCGGUGUGUUUGAAAGGCGUGAUGUCAGCGGAUGACGCUCUGCUCGCCAUGAAAGCGGGACUCGAUGGGAUUCUGCUCAGUAACCACGGAGGCCGGAAUCUGGAUACCAGUCCGCCGUCGAUCAUCACGUUGUUGGAGAUUCAUCGCCGGUGUCCCGAGGUCUUUGAGUGCAUGGAGGUUUAUGUUGAUAGUGGGAUUCGGCGCGGGACUGAUAUUCUCAAGGCUGUUUGUCUGGGUGCGACGGCUGUUGGGAUGGGGAGGAGUAUGCUCUUCGCGACCAAUUACGGCCAGGAGGGCGUCGAGCAUCUGAUCGAUAUCAUGCGGGAUGAACUGGAGACUUCUAUGCGCAAUGUUGGCAUCACAUCCCUGGCGCAGGCGUCGCCGGACCUCGUACACACCGGGGAUGUCGACCACUUGGUUCCAGCAACCCGCGCCCAUCCGUACGCUCGGGCCAUAGCUAAAGGGCGACGAGCGGGCGCCAAACUAUGA